AUGAGCGACAACUCGGCCGUCGAAAACUUCCUCCGCAGAGAGCUUUCAACCAAGAGGCUUGAUGAUUUGUACUUCAUGCUUUUUCUCGUCUCCAAGAGAAAUAACAUCAGUCCUUUGCAUCACCAAGCCAUCAAAGGCCGUCAGAUCGUUAUUACCGAGCGGCCAGACCUACACCUCGUAUGGUAUUAUGACCGUAUCUUCAUCAAGCCGAUUCCGCACUGCAUUCUCAACUACGGUUUUUUCGAAAAGUUCUUACGGCCUGGUUCGUCUUACCGAUCAGCAGCAUACGGUUUUCUCAGGACCUAUGCGAGCUUGGUGGUGCACGAAACGGAUUUCAACAUCGCGAAAGCAACGGGUCUGAUUCCGACGGAGGUCAACUGGGAGAACUGGUGUCUUUUCAUAGAAAACGUCGCCAAGACAAGGGACGAUGAAGUGGCUCCUCGAUAUCACUACGGGGAAUUGCGACUCACCCGCCUCAACUUUUACUCGAAAUUAUUUCUGCGCGAGUGGGACUAUCUCGAGACACACCACCAGUAUGUCGACUACUUCUCAAGAUUCCUGGCGCCCUACCUCUUCGUCUUCGGUGCCGUGACAGUAGUGCUGGCUGCUAUGCAGACGACGCUGACGGCUGACCCCAACGGAUUAUCGAAAUCCAGGGUGUCCGAAUUCUGCACUUUCUCUAUUGUACUGACCGCCUGUGGUCUCUUCUUUUUUCCCGUGCUAUACCUAGCGUUCCAACUUCGAGAACUGGCGUUGUUCUUGUUUUAUCGGCAAAAAGCCAAAUGA